AUGGCUUCACGAAGCAUGCACCGGUUCCGAACAGCGUUCGUUGGACUCUAUCGAGCUGUCCAGAAACAGACAUGUCCUAAUCAUGGAUACUCACGAUGUUUACACCAGGGAGCACCACUUACACAGGCCUUGGGAAUAAGCGAGCCUGUGUCUAAACCUGCUGGCCGUCACACUGUGACCAUGGUGCCAGGAGACGGGGUGGGACCUGACCUAAUGACUAGCGUCCGUGAGGUAUUCAGCGCCGCUGGUGUGCCGAUUGACUUUGAGGAAAUCUUCAUCAGUGAGGUUCAGAAAGGUACCAGUGCAGAUCUGGAGGCGGUUGUGCAAUCUCUGCGGACCAAUGGAGUCGGGCUUAAAGGAAUUAUAGCUUCACCCAGUGGCUUCAAGGGGGGCAUCCUCCAGACCCUCAAUAUGAGGCUCAGGUCUGAGCUAGACCUGUUUGCUAAUGUGGUCCUGUGCAAGAGUCUGCCUGGCUUCAAGACGCGGCACAAUAACCUGGACUUUGUGAUCAUUAGAGAACAGACCGAAGGAGAAUACAGCGCUUUAGAGCAUGAGAGUGUAGAAGGAGUUGUUGAAUGUUUGAAGAUUGUUACAAGAGCCAAGUCGAGUCGUAUUGCCAAGUUUGCAUUUGACUAUGCAGUUCGUCAUGGGAGGAAGAAAGUGACAGCAGUUCACAAGGCUAACAUCAUGAAGCUGGGGGACGGACUGUUCCUUCAGUGUUGUGAAGAAGUGGCUGCCCUUUACCCAAAGAUUGAGUUUGAGACCAUGAUCAUUGACAACUGUUGUAUGCAGCUUGUAUCCAACCCGCACCAGUUUGAUGUGAUGGUGAUGCCUAACCUCUAUGGUAACAUUGUGGACAACCUGGCAGCUGGACUGGUAGGGGGUGCUGGGGUAGUCCCAGGGGAGAGUUACAGUCAAGAGGUGGCAAUCUUUGAACCCGGGGCUAGACACCCGUUUGCUCAGGCAGUGGGUCGUGACAUUGCCAACCCGACAGCUAUCUUGUCUGCAUCUGUCAACAUGCUGACACACAUGCAUCUGGAAUUUCAUGCCAAAGUCAUUGGGGAUGCCCUGGAACGAGUGAUCAAGGCUGGCAAGGUGAGAACUCCAGACAUGGGAGGCUACUCAACCACCACUGAUUUCACCAGAGCGGUAAUAGAUCAUAUUGACUUAUGACCUUAGUGCCUCAAUUAGUGUAACUUUAAUAAUACCGUACAUCUUUGUAGUCACUGUCAAGAACUCAACAAUGGAAGUAAAACAAUAUUUGUUAGUGUUUAUACAUCACUGAUGGCAAAUGUUUUUUUUUUAUAUCACAUAAAACCUGAAGGACUAUUUAUGUUCUUUUGUGAAGUGUAUUGUAAUUUGGCUUGGUCCUCAGCAUUGUACCUGUUGUUUUCAGACACCUGCUGUGGUGGGCACUUUGUUAGCUGUGUUAUCCUCGUAUUUGAAUGUUAUUACAUGUUAUGUUCUGCUAAAUUUGUAUUAAUGUUGAAUUUUAAAUGAUAAUUUAUUACCUCAUGGAUUAACUGCACAUUGAUGUAUAUUGUACCUGUCAGUAGUUCUUCAGUGACCUCAGGCCUGUGUUUAUCAAGCAAGCAAGACCUAGUCACAAAUUGCAAGUGCUUAAAAAUUGUAGAUUGUUCAUUGUACUACAGUAAAGAAUCAGUGUACAAAUUUCCAACUUCGUAGGGCAAAAUAUUUUAAUUGUAGCUGUUUUUUUUUUGAAUUGACUAAGUCUUAAAACCCCAGAUAAAUAUGGUCCCCAGUAAAGUUAAACUGUCAGUUUGUUACCUGGCAGUUGUUUUAUAUAGUUGCAUGAUAUUGAGAGGUGACCAGCACGUGCAUAUAGGUUAACUUUCAAGCAUUUACUUGAAAUAUGUACUCAGGUGCAGGAAAUUAACAAAAAAAAAAAAAAAAAAUAGACAAACAAACCCCUCCCCCCCAGAUAUGAUGUACAUACAUACCUCAUCUCCAGACAAUACAGAAAACACCAAAAUUCAACCUUCCUCUUCUUAUGACCAGAAAAUAUCAGCUUUUUAACUAUCAACUGAUACCCGUGCAUCUAACUGGUUGUCACCAGUUGACAGUGCUCGUAUUUUCUGGAAAAUUUAAGACAUUAUGAUCACUAGAAAAGAUUUGUAAAUAUUGUUAUUGUGUUCUGCUGUAAAAGAUAUAUAUCUGCUUCUGUUUUCGUAUGCUAACACAUGUGUUAGUAACAUGCAAAAGACGCUGCAUAAAAAAUAUUUUUGUGUAUUUAUUUAUUUGAUGUGAGAGAGAUAUCUAACUGGAAAUGAAUGGAAGACUCGAGGACGAGCCCCACAGAAAAUCAAAAUAACAGUAGAGUGAGUGAGUGCUUGGGGUUUAACGUCGUACUUCACCAUUAAAUAACAGUAGAAGGCAUCGUUUUCUUCUAUGAAGUUGCAGUGCGUAUAUACUUCAUGUAUGUUUUAUAAGCACACAUACACCGAUAAUAGUGACGUAAUAAAGGAAGGAAAAGAUGAGUUCACAGCUUUGGACCUCUUAAUACAUGCCGAAAGGAAUUUUACGAGCUCCCCAAUUAAGAAAACACGACUGAUGAAAAGAAUACUCUGUAGCAUCAGGCAGUGAUGGUUUAUGCCUUACACCAGCCCAUAUCAUAUACAA